AUGAGGUGUUCCGCGUGGUUGCUUUUCGCGCUGUUCCCGCAAUUCUUCGCCGGUUUACCGGUUAUCCGCUCCCAGAGGACCCACGCGAGGCAAGGUCUAGGCAGGGAACAGCCUUUUGUGAGGAUCUUUGAACAAGGAACAGUGGCUGGCAAGGAGGUACUUCUAAGUGUAAAUCAAAAGGUAAUACAAUAUCUGGGAAUCCCUUACGCCCAACCACCAAUAGGAAAACUACGCUUCUCUGCCGCUGUUACUGACCCUCUUCCUUCCUGGACUGGUAUAAGAAAUGCAACACAAUUUGCACCAUCUUGCCAACAAAUGACAAAUCGUCUAAAGUUGCAUGAGAAACAUUAUCAAAGGCUACUACCACCUGAUCAACUUGAUCCUGGAGUCAGUGAGGAUUGUCUGUACUUGAACAUCUUUGCACCAGAUGGAAACAGACCAGAUGGUGGAUGGCCGGUGAUGGUAUGGUUUCAUGGCGGCGACUUCAACACAGGCACACCAGCAAUAUGGGACGCGUCCAUUUUUGUCACCAAACAUAAAAUUCUGGUGGUCACAGUGGCAUAUCGACUCAAUAUCCUUGGCUUCUUCACAACCACAGAUGCAGAGGCUCCAGGCAAUUAUGGUAUGUUUGACCAGAUAGCUGCUCUGGAUUGGGUGCAGAAGAAGAUCCAGUACUUUGGAGGUUCUCCAUCCAACGUAGUCAUCUAUGGUCACAGUUCAGGUGCUAUAAGUGUAGGUCUACACCUGGUGAGUCCCAUGAGUAGAGGCAAGUUCUCCAAGGCCAUAGCUAUGAGUGGAGAUGCAGUGAGCUCUGUGGGAUCCCCUCAAGCUGAACUGCCAGUAGUUGACUUCAUUGCUGACAAGUUUGGCUGCUACAGACAUCCUACAGCAGCUCUGAUGGAAUGUCUUCGCAGAGUAGAUGUGAACAUCCUGGUACGCGAAUCUUCACAAAUAGAAACCUGGGGUCCCAUCGUGGAUUACGAGACCAACAACUUCACAGAACCGUUUCUACCUAUGCAUCCAAAAGAUGCAUUAGAUAGUGGCACUUUGAACUCUGUUCCCUUGCUUGUUGGCUACACAAACAAUGAACAGGCAUUGGCCUACAUGGAGUCUCUGGGCAAAGGGAACACAGAUGGGAAACUUUCGUACAGCCACUUUGAAAUGCUGAUCACCGAUGAAUUUGUGUCGGUGGUCCAGAGUCCAGAAGACAAUAGCACCUGUGUGCUGAAGCCAGAGAUGGUAGUUGAGGCGGUAUUAUUCUUCUACAAACCUCAGCCUCCAAGCAAGGAUCAGGGUGUGCUUCGAGACAGGUACUUGGAUCUACAGACUGAGAAGAACUUCGCAGCUGGGCUCACUCAGUUGGCUGGUAAGGUAUCCAAAGAGAAGGUGGCAUACGUUUACAGGUUUGAUUAUAGACCAAAGACACAAUCUGUCACUAAAGAUGUGCCUGAGUGGGCUGGUGUACCCCAUAUGUUCGAACUUCCAUUUGUAUGGGGACUUCCAGUUGCACCUAGUAGUCCUGUUCAGUGGAACUUUGCUGACAAGAAGAUGGCUGAGGUAGUGAUGAUGAUGAUGGCUGGCUUUGCCAAAGUUGGCAAUCCAUCACUGAACAACGUCAAGUGGGAAGCAUACACUGAGGAAGAGCCUGGGAUCCUGAUUAUCGAUAGAAACAUCGAUAUGAGUGAUUCGAAUGCUGUGGAUUACAAAGCAUUGGCUUUUUGGAAUGAAUAUUAUCCAAUGGUUCUUGAACAUGCGAUGGAUAAUUGCUGCAACGUGACCAGUAGCUCCACUGCGUGGAGAGAAGUUUCUCACGGGGUUGUUUUGAGUGGUUUCGCUGUUGUCAUGAUGUUGUGGUGUCUGGAGUUGUAGUUGACAGUACAGGUUGUUGUUGGGUUUUUAUUUGGGUGUACUCAAUGAGGCCUCUUCUAUGCAAACGUUGCUGUAUAUAGGUUGUCUUUUGGCUUGUAAUAAGUUCUUGAUAAUAAAAAGUUAAUUGUUUGAUUGACUAUUUUGUCAUUGGUUUAUAAAACAGAUUCAAUCAAUUCUAUACUUGUAUCUUCACAGUGGCGACGUAUGCAUAAAAGAGGCCUGAAUGUAAGGAAACGUCGAUGCACAUGUAUCGUUCAGCAUUUUAUGUGAUUAUAAAUCGAGCUAGUCAUAAAAACAACUAAAACGCUUAAUAUACAAAGAAAAAUGUAGAUUUAUUAAAGAAGUUGAGAAGGCAAGUGGUGUAAGUUCAUAGAAAUUUUCAGUUCCAAUCGUUCAGACGCUUUAAAUGAUUAUCAGUUGCAAGAAACAGGCUUGGGUACAAACUUAAACCACUCGGAUGUAUCACACGAAUGAAAAAUUAGAAAAAAAAGGGUGUUUGGGUUAUAUCAAUGAGGAGGAGAACCAGAGAGCCUUGGGCUUUUUCUUUGUUAUCGUUUUUUUAUCUUUUUCUUAACAUUCACUGAGAGAUUUUUUUAUUAUUUGCUUUAAUACGGAGAGAUAUAGAAAAAACAUAUAUUGUUCGAGAAACAAACGGUUGAUAUAACUUAUGAAUAU